AUGGACAGCAGAGGAUUUGUUCAAGAUGCUGGGCAAUAUGCCGACGCUCGGAAGCAAGUCGAGUUUCUUCACAUGCCGCCCAGCAAGUACCACAAAAAAGAACCGGAUAAAGAAGAGCAAGAAGUGAUGGAUCAACUCUAUCGCGGCUGGUUACACUACUGGAACAACGAGUCGCGAGACGACUACCACAAUGGCAUGGUCGGCGCCCGACGAUUUUACGACUUCGAUGAUAUGAUAAGCUAUGACAUGUUUGGCAAUACGAUCCGGGGGAGCUUCAAGAAGCAUUUUGACUCCAUCUUCCCAUAUUGGAACGAUGGCAACAUGGAGUACAAGGAUGUUGAGAUCACAGCUCUUUCCAAGGAGUAUGCUUAUUCGACGAUGAUUCAGCACACUUGGGGCACAGCUGGCGGUGUGCCUUUUGAUACUGCUUUCAGAAGGACAGGUAUCGCAAGGAAGAAUGGGGAGGGGCAGUGGAAGUGGAUUCAUGAGCAUCUCAGCUUUCCUACAGAUAUGGCUACCAAGACUGCCGACUUCACCAGCUCGCUGGAUCCGUUGAAGGCGACGAAGAUGACCUGA